AUGCCCCCAAUAAAGAGCAAUGUUUGCCUUGCCUCUAUGUCUUGUGCAGAUGGGUUUUCACCAGGGUUUCCCAAUUGUACCUUUCCUAAGCGAUAUGGGAUGCACAUGGGGUACUGGUGGACAUGUCACCCUGUGUCACAUCAGCAGGCUUCCUCAUCACUGCGGGAGCAGUGGGGAUGUUGUGCAGGCGGGGCGUGUGGACAUUGGCCAGGAGGAGCAAAGCCUUCCUUCCAGGACACCCUGUGCAAAGCGCCGAUCAUGGCCACCCGUCACGUGGUGACAAUCCAGCCUGGCUUCUCUGCACCCCCACAGCCCAGCAAGUGGCACACGGGGAUGUUGGACUGCAUGUCUGACUGCGGCGUCUGCAUCUGUGGAGCCUUCUGUUAUCCCUGCCUGGGCUGCCAGGUGGCCAACGCCAUGGACGAGUUCUGCCUUUGUGGCGGCAGCGUGGCCAUGCGGACGCUGUACCGCACCCGCUACAACAUCCCGGGCUCCAUCCUGGGUGACUACUGCUCGGUGCUGUGCUGCCCCAUGUGCUCUCUCUGCCAGCUGAAGAGAGAUAUUGACUAUCGGAAAGAGCAGCGCACCUUCUGAUGCUGCUCCCCUGCCUGUGAAGUCGAUGCUGCCCUCUAGGACUGUUUGGUUUGCUGUGGCUUUUCUUUGUUUUUUUUUCCCCAGUGUUU